AAUUUCGAGUACUUUUUGGUGUUGCUAAACAAAAAAAAGAAGAAGAAGAAAAAAAAAAAAUAUAACGUUAGAGAUUUCAUACAGUGAAAAGUAUUUUAAUAAAAAAAAUUGUAGUAAAUAAAAAUAUUUCAACAAAAUAGCAUUUCAUAGAAUAAAAAAUGGUAAAAUACAAAAUAUGAGAAAACAAGAAAAAUAAAUAACAGCCUCCGAUAUAUUGAGUUACUACUACAUAUGCAACAACAACAACAACGGCCUACGGCGCAUUUUAAUUAAAUGGAAAUAUUUUGCCGGAAAUGAUUAUUACGUUUUUAAUAGCUUUCCAACUUUGUGAAAAUUGUGCAUUGUUUGAAAUCUUAUUUGUUGCAUGAAAAGCUGAGAGAUAAACCAAAGGGGAAAUAAUUAAAAUCUGUGCAGUGAAGCAAAACUUUCAAGGCAAUAAAUGUUUUGACAAAUACAAAUAUAUGCCUACAUGUAAAAUAAUAGAAAAGUGGUCAUGAAAUCGUUGCAACUGCAUUGAAAAAUAUUUAAAAAAAAAGUGAAGUAAAAAUUUAUAGCUCGUUGCUCGAGACGUUGGCGGUGGUGGCGCAUUGAACUUGUCAAUGUCAGAGUUGUAAAAAAAAUGAGCAGCAACAAAAUCCAUGCAGUAGUAGUCUAAGAAAAUGUAAACAAAUCUACAUAACGACAAAGUGCAAUCAAUGUCGAUGCCGAGGCGACUGUCAAUGUGUGUUGGUGUUGGUGUUGUUAUGGGUAUAGCGCAUGCGUGGCCGCAUGCCGUAAAUGUUCACUUGUGAGACAGACGUUUGUUUGUGCAUUUGCCGCCAAAUGAUCGGUUAUUUUGCAAAAUGAAUUCAAAAUUGCACGCCUGAUUGCCGCGUUGAGCGGAGUUCGUUGAUUAGUGCGCGGGCGCAAGUCAUCAAAGUCAGCCGUCAAACCAAACAACCAACAAACGACAAUCAACAAACGAUUGUCGACAAGCGAUAGCUGACAGUUGGCAACAUCCGUCCAUUCUGCGAACAGCUGCGAACAAAUAUAAACAAACAGUUCAAAAGAAGCUUUGUUGCACAGUUACACAUUGCGAAUGUCGACGGCUUUUCAAAACUGUUCGAAGUCGAAUAAAUGGCAAAUGAAAAGCGUUCGGCUUCAGUUGUGCCGGUAAUUGAAAGAAAGUGAAUUGUGAAUUUUCGCGUUAUUGGCUGUGGAUUUGAGUUCCGUUUUGUGCUGUUUUCGACAAGUGAUUGUUUGUGAGCUGUGGCGGCGUAAUGGGUGCGCAUAGCUCGAAGGAAAAAUUGUCGCGCUCAUAUUCCGAGCGGUAUAUUCAUACACAAGUAAUUGAACGCGAACGAUUUGGCAGUUUUGGGAAGCGUACGAAAGGAGCUGCCAAAAAGCGCGAUGUGCGAAACUUGAGCAUAUCGCCGACAGAUUUGGGACCGCCACCGAAGUCACAGCAGACUGCUAAAGGCACAUCGACGCGGCUCAAGCCUGCGGCUAUCUCUUUGACACAAAAACGUUAUCCUUCACAAAGUGUUUCUGGUACACCCUCCACCACAUCUACAGCAGUUAGCACACCGACGGGCACUGGAGGCAGUAUUUUAAAAUUGAAAAGCCCACCAACCGUCAAGAAAAUUGUUAAAGAUCAAAAUCGUGGUAUCGGCAGUGCGGUGAAUAAAAAUGCCAAACAUACAGAUGCACCAACAGAGUUGCAUGAAAUCAAUCACAAUAACAAUAAUAGCAUCACAACAACAACUGUAACUAAUGGUACAACAACAACCACAACAACACGCACAAAUUCACAAACCCCAUCGCCCAUCCUAGGACAUCAUGGCAAGAAGUCAGCAACGUCCACAACUACCGGCUCUAGUGCCACAGUGCUCGGUGGAACGUUGCUGGAAAAAAAAUCUCAAUCGAAAUUGCUCUCGGUGCGUGGCAAAGCUUUGCUACCGAAAUCCCAUCAACAACAACGCUCGGCUGAGGAAGCGCCUGUGCCAGCGACCGGAGUCGCUGAGCGACUGGAUGCGACGGAGCUGCAGCGUUUGAAACAUUUGAAUCGACAUUCGUGUAACGGUCGACUGGACUAUGAGGCAAUCGAGCGGCACCUGGAGCAGACGGAAUUACAGGAAGAGCACCGCAACAAAGGCAUCGAGGCUUUGGGCGUUUUGCUGCAGUAUGCGGUGUUCAAUCUGGAUGCAUUCGCAUGCCCGAGAGUAAAAACCGAGAAACACAAAAUUGAGGAACGUUUAAGCACAACACUGAAGCUGCUGGAUGAAGCGAAAACCAACUGUGCUCAGCUACAGGAUCAACUAUGUGAAAAAGAAGGCUAUUAUUUACAGCGCGAGCAAAAUCUGCAAGCAUUUCACCGCUGCGAAUUGGACAAAGAACAAGCCAAUCUAGCCGAUUAUCAAGCUUUUGCACAAGAGAAGUUCAAUGUACUCGAAUCACAAUUGGAGGCAAAAAAUUUGGAGCAUAAACGUAUCAUAGAAUCGUUUCGCCUGGAACUCUCACAGAAAAAACAAGAGCUCUGCGCAGCCGACGAACGUGAAACGAAAUUGAAGGAACGUUUCAGUGCGUUGGAGAUUUCUGAGCAAGAGUUACGUGAAAAGCUGAAGAGUACGGAAAAUUCCUACGCUACGCAUUUAAAAGUUGCCACAGAACGUCAGGAGCAGUGUCAUGAGCACAUAAAAAUCAUUACGAAGGAAGUGGAAACGCUGCGAGCCUCCAACGAAAAUAGGGAACGUGAGUUGCGUGAUAAAUUGAAUUUAUCGCAGGAGGAAAUUUCGGUUUUGCGGUCAUCUCAGCGCAGUUUCAAUGAGAGCUUGGACCGUAGUAGCGGCAUUAGCUCACCACGUAACUCUAGCACUUCGGAGUUUGCGCGCUUGGAAAGCGAGGUGGACAGCUUACACUGUGUGUUGGAGUUGAAGCAGAAAGAGAUUUCGAAGCUGAUCAAACAAAACGAGAAAUUGAUGCGAGAUGCCGAAGAGCGCGCCGUACUAACAGGCAAAAUAUCCAAGCUUGAGUCGAUGAUGGAGAUGCUAAAAUCAGAGCUUGACAUCAAGUCGGAGAAGGAGAAGGACUUCCUUCGCCAAAUAGACGACAUGCAAAAGGCUUAUAACCACGAAAUGGUAAAACGAAAGCGUCUCAGCUACGAUAACGAGGCCUUGCAAUGGCAGCUCAAGCAGCGCUCAGAGCAAUUGCAUAUCGUGGAAACCAAAUUGCAUGAGCUCUCCGCAAUGGAAUCGCACAACGCAAGCACUCAAUCUAGUAUUCACUCACUGAAUCGUUCUCAGCUGAUGAACGGUUCAUCAAUGGCCAGCAUACAAAUGGACGAUUUUUCGCCACCCACAUCGCCUGUGGUCAAGGGUGUAAUUGAAAAGCCUGAUUCCGUGUCGUGGGUGCUAGAGAUGGACGACGAUACACCCGAAGCAGCCGCAUCGAAAAUGGUGAAACGCGCUGGUUCUUUUCGUUCAGUUGAGCGCAGUCCUUCGACACGUCGGCAGUUGUCCGGAGGCGCCAGCGCCAUGAAUACAUCUUUGAGUAGUGUCGGCAGCGGUGCAUCAUAUGGCAAUGGUAAUAGCAGUGGGGGACCCAAUCCACUCUCGCAGUCAAUGUCUGCUACCACAGUGAUACGACAUUCCAGCGAUGUGCGAACCGAGUUCAGCAAACGUCCGCACUCGCGCACACGCUCCAAAUCGGUGAGUGUUAAAGGCACCGAACCAGUGAACGCUAGUGCAGGUGCGCUCAGCACCGGCUCGGUGGGCACCAAAAGCGGCAAACGGCUAUUGCGUCAAAGCUCCAGCUCAAGUGCAUGGAAGCAGCAUCAAUUGGAGUUGAUCAACUGGAAGGAACCGGUUAGUUCGAGUUCACCGCAUCAAAAUGCGAUACAUCCACGAACAUCUACGCUGUGUUCAGAAAUAGACGAGGAGCUGGUAUUGGCAGGCAGACACGAUGACUCGUUUUUUCCACACACUCCAAACUCCAGCGCAGCCGCCCGAAAGCUCAUCACCUGCGACACAUCCAAGUUGAAUUCGGGUGAGCGAUUGGAUAUGCAGUCGUUACCCACACACGCCUCCGUGCAUGAUCUUAAAAAGAAAUUCCACGAGAUACAGGAAUCCGCGGGUGAAGCUAUGGUGUCGGGCACAAAUUCAGAGGACGAAAGCUGCUCGGCGUCAUCUGAUGAUGCUUGCUCAGCAUCGACCUCGUCUGCAACAACAGGUUCAACCUCGUCGCUAAAGAACUCGCACAUUUCACUGGAAGACGAUGUUAUCUUGUUCGACAAAAUCAACAGCCUCAACGGUACGCCAAUGGAAGUUAGCUGGUCCGAUGAUACAGAAAUAUUUGCUAACGGCUCAACGGUAUGACAAGACGAAGCGUUAGAAUUAGCAGAAGAAGAUGAGGAAGAGGAUAGCUUCUGAAUCUAAUUGCAAUAACUAUUUAGCAAGCGUUCAACAGAAAAACGUAAUUUAUUUUUUAAAAAAGAAAAGCAAAACAAACUUAAGCCAAUAAGAGGUUAAAUAAACUGUGUCUCUUCCACUGGCAAAGCACAGACAUUUCGCAAAUUCAGCACCUCAAGGCGUUGGAAAUGUGAUUGCUUUGAGGGUAGAAGAGCGCACAAAACAUGACAGAACACACUGGCCAAAAUUAUAUAGUUUGCUGGGAUUUGGCGCUAUUUGGGUAGCCUCGAACUACUUAACUUUAUUUAAUUUUAUUUAUUUGAAGGAAGAGAAAAUGAGAAAGCGUUAAUGAAUUACUUGUAAUUUUGAUGGUUUCAUGUACAACAGAGAGAAAAAAUAAUAAAAAAAAAAAUACUUUCGCAUUGUUAUGAAUGCUCAGCGAAGAGAUGUGAAAUCUUAAUACUGAAAUAUUUAUGCUGAAGGAAACUAAUUUGGAUGGCAACUGUUCCGCUUUUGCUCGCAAGUUGCGAAUGCAUUUCCAUACAGAUGGACUUACUGGUUGCUAAAAAUAUGCAUAAGAAGGAAACAUUCUGGUUAAUAUUCGGGGCUUCAUCACCCUGGAGCACUACUAAUCAUGUGCAGAUUCUGCAUCAGAAGUUCGGGAGUGUUGUCUGACGUAUUUGAGUUUUUAGUUAUCUCUGACUGAUUUUGCUGAAAAUAGUUUCGCGCGCAAUUAACAACUCAAAUACUGGAACCCCCAUAUAUGCCUUAUUCUGAGUAUGAAAUGGUGUCGUGAAACACAUACCCAUGCAUAUGAAACUAUUAGCUAAGCUUUCUAUUUAAAAAUGCGACAUCUAGCCAGCAACAAAAUUUUCGAAGCAAAAUUUAUUAGACGAAUAUGAGCGCCAAUUACGUCUGCAUUUAUAGGAAAAUUUGAAGACCAGAAAAUUGUAUGACCAGAGAGAAAAUGUAAAUAUCGGCUUUUAAAUUUAUUUUGAUUGUUCCAUUGUUCCAUGCGAUAUUUGUGGCAGCGGCAAGCUAACUAAUGGCGUCACCAGGCUGCGCAGAAAUUUUUAAUAAAGCAAAAGUUUUGAACGAUUUCAAAAAAAUAUAAACACAAACGAAGAAUAUUGUAAGGGGUAUGAAAACAAAUGUAUGUAUGUGUGCAAUGAAAUGGAAUCGGCCCGUCUAAUGCAAACUUAACUAGGAACUUUAGCGCCCGCAAAGCAGUCCAUUAAUGAUACGGAACCUGAGGAGUAGCACCUUAAUAAAUAUUUGCGUGUAGGCGGAGGAGGAGGAAUAACUGGAUUUACUUAUAAUUAAUGUGUUUCACUGUGUGAAAACACUUCACUCUUGCAAAAAACGUGUGUCCAAGGCUUAAGAAAGUGAAUGUAAAGGAAUAUUUUAGCUUUAGCGAUUAUAAUUUUCACUGUACUUUCAGUUUAUUUCAUGUUAAUUGUAUUUAUUUAAUUAUAGUAAAAGUGUGUACCUAAACAUUAAGCUUAUGAAUAUUAUUGUGUAGUAUUUAGCUACCAUUCUUUACUACCUUAAGUUGGAGUCAGCCGGUCAGUCAGCCAAUCAGCCAAUCAGCCAGUCAGGCAGGCGGUUGUGUCGCGUUGGGCUGAGUUGUAUUGAUGAAUUAAAUAUCCAAGAAUGUGCAUUAUAAUUACAAAGAAAAAAAUAUAACUAAUAUUGAUUGUUCAUUUGUUUUAUAUGUGUAUGUAUAGGUGUGUAGGCUUACUUGAAUGCAUGAAGAAAAAUAUGUAUAAGAACUUAUGUGUGUUAGUAUUUAUUACAUACCACAAAUACGACAACUAUUGCCCCCCGCCCCCCCAAAGUAAUGAGAAACAAUUGCAAAUGGCAUAGUUGUUCACCCUUUCUUAACUUCUCUGUUUUCGAAAUGAAGUGGAAAACUGUCGUAAAUAAUACGCAACAGAAAUGUAAAAGCGAAAAUGAAAAAUUCAUUAAAUUAAUUGAAGUUGUCACAGUUAAAAGAGUUGAAAAAUGCAUAUUUGCCGUAAAUUGAAAAAAAAAUAAUAAAAAAAACAAUCCAAAAUGGAUGAAAUAGCAGAAAUUGUAAUCUAACAUUUGAGUAGUUUGGAAAAGGGCAAACCGUACCCGAAUCCAGCUUUGGCAGUUAUUAUUAUAAAAAAAUUUCAUUUGCCAUCGAAACGCAGUUUCAAUUGAAUGGAAUGUCUGAUAAGCUAAUGAUUUGUGGCUUGAUCAUUGAAGGGAAAGCAAAUGCUGAAAAACCAAUAAAUAAAUAUACAAAUAUAAAUACUAUAUAUGAAA